GUGUAAUAAUAUGUGGCUCAAUUGCAUGAUUAAUCACAUGGUACAAGUAGAACACAUCAAACAUGCCCUGUAUAGGCUGUACCCAUUUGUCUCUUUGUGAAAGUUAAAAACUAUCUUAAAAGGGCUAUUACAUACUAUGUUAUUUCCAACCUAUAAUUCUCAAAAAUGGUGUGCAUUUACACUUCUGUUGCAAAGUUUGGUGCCUCAGUUAUUGUAUUUGUAGUUGCAUUUAUGCUUCUUCACCACAGAUCCUCUGAUUUUCACCCACUUUCAGAAAUCACCUCUGUUGGCAAUGGCAUCCAAGAAAAUGCACGAGAAAUAUGUGAUGUUUUUGUGGGAGAUUGGGUGGGUUUUGAGGGAGAGCCUCUUUACAACAAGAGCUGCAGCUUCAUCAGCAGAGGCAAUCAGCUGAAUUGUUUGGAAAACGGGCGACCCGACCCGCAUUAUCUUCACUGGCGGUGGAAGCCACGCGCUUGCGACCCGCUCAAGUUUCUUGAGAUGAUGAGGAACAAAAGCUGGGCCUUCAUUGGAGAUUCCAUAUCAAGGAACCAUAUCCAAUCCCUCCUUUGCAUGCUCUCAACGGUGGAAGAGGCUACUCUAGUGCACCACGACAAGGGCCACAAAUCCCAAAAAUGGAUCUUCCCUUCAUACAACCUCACUGCAUCAAUUAUUUGGUCUCCAUUUCUUGCAAAAGCCAUCAUUCCUCAAAACAUCUACGACGCUUCUCCAUCUGAAGUAGAUGUGCAUUUGGACACACUCGAUCCUAGCUGGACUCAACAUUUCAAAACCUGGGAUUACAUGAUCUUUUCAAGUGGCAAAUGGUACAGUAGAAGCUCAAUAUACUACGACAACGACACCGUGUUGGGCUGCCAUUCUUGUCCCAAGAGGAACCUCACCGACAUCGGGUUCGACUCUGCCUACCGAAGAGUCAUCAAGGGCGUGCUCGAUUACAUCGUCGCGUCCAACCACACGGGCAUGGUGUUUUACCGGACUACUAGCCCGGACCACUUUGAGGGGGCCAAAUGGUUUGAUGGUGGAGUGUGUGAGAGGAACGAGCCCGUCAGGGAGGGCGAGUUCGGGCUGAGCUGGUUGGACAGGAUUCUUCGAGAUAUAGAGCUUGAGGAGUUUGGAAGAGCGCGUGUUGUGGCUCGUGAUAAGGGGGUGAAGCUUAGGCUUUUGGAUGUGAAUCCGAUGUCGUUGUUGAGGCCGGACGGGCAUCCGGGAGCAUUUAGGGUUUCUCGGCCGGCCGGUGAGAUUAAGAAUGCAAAGGUUGUUAGUGAUUGCUUGCAUUGGUGUUUGCCCGGCCCUAUUGAUUCUUGGAAUGAUAUUUUGAUGGAGAUGAUUGUGAAUGGUUGAGAGUGUAGUGUAGAUGUUUCAUUUUUUGGACCAAGUUUUGUAUAGAUUGAAAAUUUUGUGGAUGCGUGUUUUAUUUCGUGAAUCGCGUGUCAGCAGCGAUGUUGUGUUGAUAAAAAUGAAAUAGUAUUAUACUUGCAUAAGUUGUGUAAGUUGGUGAAA